AUUGGCCAAUCAGAAGAUUGCAUUGAGAGCAACUGACCAAUGAUAGAUUAAUCCUGCAGAACUCAGGCUUCCAAAAGUCCCGCAGAGGCAGCGUUGCCGAUACCAUAAUAAUAGAAAUUGAUGAAGUCGUCUGAAAAGAGAGAUUAUUUAAUAAACAGUGCAGUUUAACGGCUCUUUUUUAACUCUAAAACGUUUGUAGAUUAAAGUAACACAAAUCGUAAAUGAUCCUGUGGGGGGGCAGUUUUAAUUUGUGAUGGUACGUCUGGAUGCAGUGGUGUAAAACGGUUUGAAAUCGCAGUUUUUGAUUGAAUCGCCGUUCAUUCGGACUUUUAAGAGUGGAAAACCUCGGUGAAACGACAGGGUCUGCGCUACUGCCAGUGCCAUCUGCAUCGAUUCUGUCCCUUCACCUAUGCUUCAACAAGAUCAACGCUGCUUUGGGGUCAUUCGUUUGUUUUUUUUGAAGGGAGUUACUGCGGUGUCGUACUGCAGACAGUGCUAUGGACUCUCCAAUGACUCCUCCAUCUGAUGCCUGCAGUGAGCGGUGUAAAUCUUUGCCGACCACAGAGGUGGGGCUGCCUUCCUUCUCCGUCAGUGUCUGGCUGUAAGCACGCUCGGUGGCGAUUCUAUGAGCCUCUCGGUUUAUGCUCAGCUAGAUUCGGUGGAAUCGCUAUUUAAUGAGCUUCCCUAUAUGUUUUAUCUCGGCCUGUUUUUCGUGAACGUUUUGAUCCUGUACUAUGCUUUCUUAAUGGAGUACAUAGUCCUCAAUGUUGGGAUCGUUUUCCUGCCGGAGGAUAUGGACCAAGCGCUGGUAGACCUAGGAGUGCUCUCCGACCCGGGUUCAGUUCCUUACGACACCGACACAGAAAUGGACGUCUUCGACGGAUACCUGGACUGAAUUCCGCAAAGGCCCAUUUGCAGGGUUUUCGUACUACAGUAUUUCCGGCGGAAAAGACUACGGUGUGUAUCGAUCAGGUGUGCCGGACCCGGAGAGGGUCUUAUGUCUCCGAGAUCAUGGCGCGCAGGAGUCCUGAGAUGAGGAGCAGUCAUCGAGGACUGAGUCUUAAAGAGGUCACCAUACUCACAGAGACUGGCCCUACCUAAGGAGCUGGACGUGACCUGUCUCCUCGAUGCUGUUGCCUUGGAUAUACGAACUGCUUGGACAGUCUAAUUCAGUAGUAUCGCACUAUGGAACACAAAAGCAAUACAGGCAGCCAACGUGACACCGAUGCGCUUUAUCACCCUUCUGUCUGCAAAGCUGGAGAAUUCCAGCCAGUGUUGAACAUGCGUAUCACCGAUUUUUGUGAUGCAGUUUGCACCCCCUUCACCAUGUUCACAUUAUUAAUGGCAGCCCAAUCGCAUACAGUACAGUACAUUUAUUAAGUCCAAAUAAAAUCUGAAUAAAUGUACUGUACUCCGCUGUGGCAUAAGGUCAGAAAUACUCUUUAUGAUGGAGUGAUGGGAUAUGAACGUACAUUAUAGGAAAAAGCAAUCAAAUGGCUGCUUCAUUAUAUAUAUAUAGCAUAUUGUUUUCCUUUAUUACUGGGUUUAGUAUUGAUUCUCAUGGCCUUUCUGACACAGCAUUUUUAUCGCAUUGGCAGCAGAUUUUCAUUACAUAGGGAUUCUGUUUUAAUUUCCCCUUUGGGUCUUACCUGCUUAGAUUGCACUUUUUCCAGACGUAAAGUGCACACUGCCCAGGUAUAAUAUCUCAGUGCACACCUUUCAGAGUUUUCUGAAACUGUUCUGGGUAAGUCUCUUACAAAAUGUGGGGGAUGUCGAAGAGAGUUUCGAGGGGGAAUGUAAAGUCUUUGGCCUCAUGAAUUACUGUUGAAUUAAAGCUUUGGUGAAGUUGGUACCUGGGAAGCAGAAAAUCACUGUAAAAGAUAGAACAUUAUUUCAGGACAGGACUGAAGUACAUAAACUAAAAAAUAAUGACCUUCUCACCGGAAACUCUGUGACGUAUCCCACACAUCUUGGUGGUAUGAACACCAGCAUCUUUUGAGCUUUAAAUUUGGCAAGUUUUUCACAUGGAAAAAUAACCAAAGCUGGUUUAUAAAUCUUGAUCUUUAUCUGUUGGCAUGCAGAAUUCUACAGUGUUACAACCAUGUAAGUUUCAAAAGCUAUGUUAAAUACUAAGCUGUCCAAUCAUGACAAGAAGAUAUGGUCAAAAACAGUUUUUUUUCGGACAUAUGGGAGAACACUAAAUGCUUAUGUUUGAAGAGUUUAUUCUAUAUAUAGUUUUCUGCUCUCAAAUCUCUCGCUCUCAAAAAUGCUCUUACUUUUUUCUCCAGGUAUUUUUGUCACUGAACCCUCAAAUGGAAUAGCACUUUUCUUAUAACCUAUACGUUGACUGAUGUCUCAUUUUAAGUCGUUAAAUAAAUAAAAGAUGCUAAAUAAAAGAUGAAUGAACACAG